GCCCGCGUCGUCGCCGUCGGUGAGGAUUUUCGCGGAGCUUCAGUGGGAUGGAGGUGAUGGAUUCGGUGGCCGUGAUGGAGGUGUCGCCGGUGCCGGAGCCGCCCUUCAUCGACGCCGCGACACCGGCGCUUGCGCUGCGCCGCAGCGCUCGUUGUCUGAACAGGGCGCGCCGCCCCAGCUACGUGGAGCAGGUGGAGCCCAAGGAGACCGGUGGCCGGCGGAGGGGAGGGAAGAGGAAGCGGGACGAGGACAAGCAGGAGACGGCGGCGCAGGAGGCCCUGAAGCCGGCCGGCAAGGGGCCCAAGGUUGAGGCCUCGUCGGAGAGGAAGCCGACCCCCGCGAUUGCGGCGGAACCGAUCCCUCGUGCCGGGUUCGCUGCACCUGCUGCCGAGGAGGAUGUCCUUGGCAACGGGAAGAGCGCGAAGCUGCGGGUGAAGGAAACCCUAAGGGCAUUCAACAGCCAUUACCUUCACCUUGUCCAGGAGGAGCAGAAAAGAGCGCAAGCUGCGCUCCAGGAGAUUGAGGCUAAUGGAGGUCAGAAGCGGCCGUCAAAGCGGCCUGACCUGAAAGCAAUUACAAAGAUGCAAGAGAAUAAUGCCGUGCUUUAUCCAGAGAAGAGAAUAGGGCAUCUACCUGGUAUCGACGUUGGGGAUCAAUUUUAUUCUCGUGCGGAGAUGGUUGUUUUGGGCAUUCACAGCCAUUGGCUGAAUGGCAUUGAUUAUAUGGGAAUGAAAUACCAGGGAAAGGGGGAAUAUGCAAACUUAACUUUCCCACUAGCAACUUGUAUUGUCAUGUCGGGAAUAUAUGAAGAUGAUCUUGAUAAGGCAGAUGAAAUUAUUUAUACUGGUCAAGGAGGAAAUGAUUUACUUGGUAACCAUCGCCAAAUCGGCUCUCAACAACUGCAACGUGGAAAUUUGGCAUUGAAGAAUAGUAAGGAUAAUUGUAAUCCUAUAAGAGUUAUACGAGGCCAUACAUCAAAGAAUAGCUACACUGGAAAGGUCUACACCUAUGAUGGGUUGUACAAGGUUGUAGACGACUGGGUGCAGAAUGGAGUACAGGGACAUGUUGUUUUCAAAUAUAAAUUAAAGAGGCUUGAGGGACAACCAUCACUAACAACUUCUGAGGUCCGAUUUACUCGUGCUGAAGCUCCCACAACGAUUUCCGAGUUACCUGGGUUGGUUUCUGAUGACAUAUCGGGUGGGCAGGAAAAUCUUCCUGUUCCUGCUACUAAUUUGGUUGAUGACCCACCUGUUCCUCCAACUGGUUUUGUGUACUCCAAAUCUCUAAAAAUUCCAAAGGGCAUCAAGCUUCCAUCUAAUUGUAAUGGCUGUGACUGUGAAGGAGAUUGCGCGAGCAACAAAAACUGCUCAUGCGCACAGCGCAAUGGUUCUGAUUUACCUUAUGUAUCAUACAAGAAUAUUGGCAGGUUGGUGGAGCCCAAGGCAGUUGUAUUUGAAUGUGGUGCUAACUGCAGCUGCAACCUCAACUGUGUAAAUAGAACAUCCCAGAAAGGCCUGCAGUAUCGCUUGGAGGUAUUUAAGACAGCUUCAAAAGGCUGGGGUGUCAGGACUUGGGAUACUAUCCUCCCUGGAGCCCCCAUCUGUGAGUAUACCGGUGUGCUCAGGAGGACUGAAGAAGUGGAUGGUUUACUGCAGAAUAAUUACAUAUUUGAUAUUGAUUGUCUUCAAACCAUGAAGGGUCUGGAUGGAAGAGAGAAAAGGGCUGGCUCUGACAUGCACCUUCCGUCUCUUCAUGUUGAGAACGAUUCAGAGCCACCAGCACCAGAGUAUUGCAUAGAUGCCGGGUCUAUUGGCAAUUUUGCAAGGUUCAUCAACCAUAGUUGCCAGCCUAAUCUUUUUGUCCAGUGUGUCUUGAGCUCUCAUAACGAUGUUAAGUUGGCAAAGGUGACGCUUUUCGCUGCUGACACUAUACUUCCUCUUCAGGAGCUUUCAUAUGACUAUGGCUAUGUCUUGGACAGUGUUGUGGGGCCCGACGGAAAUAUUGUCAAGCUGCCUUGCUUCUGUGGUGCUCCUGACUGCCGGAAGCGACUUUAUUAGAUCUGCAGUUAUUUGCAUCUGUUUGGAAUAUGGAGCGCAGGAAACUAAUAUAUAGUAGUAUAUGAAUGCAGUUGUGGCAGCCAUGUAAAUGGCAUGCUGAAAAAGCUAUGAUAUUUUGCAAAAGAAGGGCUUGUCAUUUUUUGUAGAGGUCAUGCUGGACAUGAUAUUUUAUUUAGGAAAGGGAUAGCUUUCUAAUUUUGUGUAGAGGACAUGCUGGACGCGCUAUGAUAUCAUCUUACAAACAAUUAACCCAUAUAUCUAAGUGGUGAUAUAACUUUCA